GCGCGGCCGCGGUUGCCGGGGUGGGUGGACCAGCGGCGGCGGCGGCGGCGGCUCCGGGCGCGUUGAGGCGCAGGGCUCAUGUAAUCAAAGAAGUUUCUUUGUUGUGUGUAUCUUUUCAGAACACAACAGGAACUGAAAAUGAAUCAGAAUGCUACUGAGCCUGCAGUAGCCACCGAGACCCUGGCUGAGGUACCUGAGCAUGUGCUGCGAGGACUUCCAGAGGAAGUAAGGCUUUUGCCCUCUGCUGUGGACAAAGCCCGGAUUGGUGUCUGGGCCACUAAACCGAUUUUAAAAGGGAAAAAGUUUGGGCCAUUCGUUGGUGAAAAGAAGAAGAGAUCUCAGGUGAAGAACAAUGUGUACAUGUGGGAGGUAUAUUACCCGAACCUGGGGUGGAUGUGCAUCGAUGCCACAGAUCCAGAGAAGGGGAACUGGCUGCGCUAUGUGAACUGGGCUUGCUCGGGACAAGAGCAGAAUUUGUUUCCACUGGAGAUCAACAGAGCAAUCUACUAUAAAACUUUGAAGCCAAUCGCGCCGGGCGAGGAGCUCCUGGUCUGGUACAAUGGGGAAGACAACCCCGAGAUAGCAGCUGCGAUUGAGGAAGAGCGAGCCAGCGCCCGGAGCAAGCGGAGCUCCCCGAAGAGCCGGAAAGGGAAGAAAAAAUCCCAGGAAAAUAAAAACAAAGGAAAUAAAGCCCACGACAUACAGCUGAAAGCCAGUGAUCCAGAUUCCAGCUGUGCAAAUAUGAGAGACUCUGAGGAAGGUCCUGAAGAAGAGGAAGAGAGGCCUUUGGCUUCGGUGCCUGAAGAGCCAGCUCUUAUCCCAGAGGUGGGCAGUCAGGACCUGCCUCCAGAGCUGGCUGGCCCUCUCCCUGCCAGUGAGCCACAACCAGAGCCAGGUGGGAAACAAGCCACAGAUUGUGAGAUCGAUGAUGUGGAGGAAGUGGAAGAGGAGGAGGAGGAAGAGGAAGAGGAGGAUGAUGGUGAGGAUGAUGAGCUGGAAGAAGAUGGGGAAGAAGAAGCCGACAUGCCAAAUGAAAGCUCUGAGAAAGAACCAGAAAUACGGUGUGAUGAGAAGCUAGAGGAUUUGUUAGAAGAACCAAAAACCAUUUCAAAAGAACCUUCUGAAGACUCUGAGGAAGUGCCACCCCUUACCAAAGUCCCCAGAACUGAGGAGGCGGCCAAUGGAGAUGUGCUUGACACUUUCAUGUUUCCUUGUCAGCAUUGUGAAAGGAAGUUUACAACCAAGCAGGGACUGGAGCGUCACAUGCAUAUCCACAUGUCUACAGUCAAUCAUGCUUUCAAGUGCAAAUACUGUGGGAAGGCAUUUGGCACACAAAUUAACAGGAGGCGGCACGAGCGUCGCCAUGAAGCAGGGUUAAAACGAAAACCUAGCCUGAUACUACAGCCACCAGAAGAGCUGGCUGAUGGCAGAGUUUCUGGAGAAAAAGCUCUUCCUAAAGAUGAGUCAAAUCCUCUACUUGGGCAAGACUGUUUGACCUUGAACUCAGAGAAUGCCUCCCAGGAAACAGUAAAUUCGUCCGUUGUAGAGGAGAAUGGGGAAGUGAAAGAACUUCAUCCAUGCAAAUACUGUAAGAAGGUUUUUGGAACUCAUACAAAUAUGAGACGGCAUCAACGCAGAGUUCAUGAACGCCACCUGAUUCCCAAAGGUGUCCGGCGGAAAGGAGGCUUUGUAGAAGAGCCACAGCCCCCGGCAGAACAGGCCCAGCCUACCCAGAAUGUCUACGUUCCAAGCACCGAGCCAGAGGAGGAAGGAGAGGCCGAUGAUGUAUACAUCAUGGACAUUUCUAGCAAUAUCUCUGAAAACUUAAAUUACUACAUUGAUGGUAAGAUUCAGACCAACAGCAGCACUAGUAACUGUGAUGUGAUCGAGAUGGAGUCUAAUUCAGCAGACUUGUAUGGCAUAAAUUGUCUUCUCACUCCAGUUACGGUAGAGAUUACUCAAAAUAUAAAGACUGCCCCUGUUCCAGUAACCGAUGAUCUUCCAAAGGAGCCUCCCAGCAGCACAAACUGUGAGUCCAAGAAACGGAGGACUGCCAGUCCACCAGUGCUCCCCAAGAUUAAAACGGAAAUGGAUUCUGAGCCUGGGGCCCCGCCAUGCUCCUUAACUCUGCCUCUUAGUGUAGCAACGACUGAGGCAGUGUCUUUCCAUAAAGAAAAGAGUGUGUAUUUGUCAUCAAAGCUCAAGCAGCUUCUCCAAACCCAGGACAAGCUGACUCCUCCUGCAGGGGUUUCAGCCACUGAGAUCCCUAAGUUAGGUCCUGUGUGUGUGUCUACGCCAGCAUCCAUGUUACCGGGGACCUCCAGUAGAUUUAAGAGGCGGACCAGCUCCCCACCCAGCUCUCCGCAGCACAGCCCUGCCCUUCGGGACUUUGGUAAGCCAAGCGAUGGGAAGAUGGUAUGGACAGACACAGUUCUAUCUUCCAAGAAGCCCAGGUUAGAAAGCCGUGGUGACUCGCCUGCCUGGAGUUUGUCUGGAAGAGAUGAGAGAGAAGCUGGGAGCCCUCCUUGCUUUGAAGAAUACAAAGUAUCAAAAGAGUGGGCAGCCUCUUCCACUUUCAGCAAUGUGUGCAACCAGCAGCCCCUGGAUUUGUCCAGUGGCGUCAAGCAGAAGACGGAAGGCACAGGCAAGACCCCAGUCCAGUGGGAGGCUGUCUUAGAUCUCAGUGUGCAUAAAAAGCCUUGUCUUGACCUCGAGGGCAAGGAACUCAAAGAAAACCAUUUGGCACCGCCAGCCUGUAGUUCUGGAAAGAAAAAGAAACCAACCACAUGCAUGCUGCAGAAAGUCCUGCUUAAUGAGUACAAUGGCAUCGAUGUGCCCGGGGAAGCUGCUCCUGACAUGGCCAGGAGCCCGAGUCCUUGUAAAUCCCUAGGUGCCCAGCCAGACCCUGACCUGGGUCCUGACUCCAGCUUCUCUGCCCCUGCUGUUGAGUCCCCACCUGAAGCUUGUCCUUCAUCACCCACCCUGCAGACCACUUCCCUGUCUUCUUCUCAGCUGCCUCCUCUCUUGGUCCCCACGGACCCCACUUCCCCUCCACCCUGCCCUCCUGUGUUAACUGUUGCCACUCCGCCCCCUCCUCUGCUGCCUACUGUUCCUCUUCCUACCCCCUCUUGCGAUGCUUCUCCUCGCCCAUGUCCCUCUCCACUCUCAAAUGCCACUGCCCAGUCUCCCCUUCCAAUUCUGUCCCCAACAGUGUCUCCUUCCCCCUCUCCCAUUCCUCCUGUGGAGCCACUUGUGUCUGCUGCUUCACCUGGACCUCCUAAGCUUUCUUCCUCCUCUGCCUCCUCUGCUUCCUCUUCCUCCUCCUCCUCAUUCUCGUCUUCCCCUGCCUCCUCCUCCCCUUCACCACCCCCUCUGUCAGCAGUGUCAUCAGUAGUUUCCUCUGGGGACAAUCUGGAGGCUGUUCUCCCUUCAAUAACUUUGAAACAGGAGGAGUUAGAGACUGAAAGUGUGAAGCCCAGGGAAGAGCCCCAGCCUGCAGUUGAACAGGAUGUUAUUCAGGAAACAUUCAGCAAAAACUUCAUUUGCAAUGUCUGUGAAUCACCUUUUCUUUCCAUUAAAGAUCUAACCAAGCAUUUAUCUAUUCAUGCUGAAGAAUGGCCCUUCAAAUGUGAAUUUUGUGUCCAGCUUUUUAAGGAUAAAACUGAUUUAUCAGAGCAUCGCUUUAUGCUUCAUGGAGUUGGGAAUAUCUUUGUGUGUUCGGUAUGUAAAAAAGAAUUUGCUUUUUUGUGCAAUUUACAGCAACACCAGCGAGAUCUCCACCCAGACCAAGUGUGUACACACCAUGAGUUUGAAAGCGGGACCUUAAGGCCCCAGAACUUUACAGACCCCAGCAAGGCCCACAUGGAGCAUAUGCAGGGCUUGCCGGAAGAUGCUCUGGAACCUUCAAAAGAAGAAGAGGAAUUAAAUGAUUCCUCUGAGGAGCUUUACACCACCAUAAAAAUAAUGGCUUCUGGAAUAAAGACAAAAGAUCCAGAUGUUCGAUUGGGUCUGAAUCAGCAUUACCCAAGCUUUAAGCCACCUCCAUUUCAGUACCAUCACCGAAACCCCAUGGGUAUUGGGGUGACAGCUACAAACUUUACUACCCACAAUAUUCCGCAGACUUUCACCACGGCCAUCCGCUGCACAAAAUGCGGGAAAGGCGUUGACAACAUGCCUGAGUUGCACAAACACAUCCUGGCAUGUGCCUCUGCCAGCGACAAGAAGAGGUACACCCCCAAGAAAAACCCGGUACCUUUGAAACAAACUGUGCAGCCCAAAAAUGGAGUGGUAGUUUCAGACGGCCCUGGGAAAAAUGCUUUCAGAAGAAUGGGGCAGCCCAAAAGACUGAACUUCAGUGUGGAGCUCAGCAAAAUGUCACCAAACAAGCUGAAAUUAAAUGCCUUGAAGAAAAAAAAUCAACUUGUCCAGAAAGCAAUCCUUCAAAAAAACAAAUCUGCCAAGCAGAAGGCUGACUUGAGAAAUGCUGCGGAGUCGUCCUCACACAUCUGCCCUUACUGCAACAGGGAGUUCACGUACAUUGGCAGCCUGAACAAGCAUGCCGCUUUCAGCUGCCCCAAAAAGCCCCUUUCUCCUUCCAAAAGAAAAGUUUCUCACUCCUCCAAGAAAAGUGGCCACCCCUCUCCUGCAAGCGGGGAGAAGAAUCACAGCAGCAGCCACCGCCGGCGGACCGCAGAUGCUGAGAUCAAGAUGCAGAGCACGCAGGCACCUCUGGGCAAGACCAGAGCUCGCAGCUCAGGUCCUGGACAAGUCGCAUUGCCCUCCUCGUCCUUCAGGUCCAAGCAGAAUGUCAAGUUUGCAGCUUCGGUCAAGGCCAAAAAAACAAACUCCUCUUUAAGAAACUCCAGCCCUGUAAGAAUGGCCAAAAUGACCCACAUGGAGGGCAGGAAAUCCAAAGCUGUGGCCAAGAACCAUUCUGCUCAGCUCUCAAGCAAACCGUCCCGGACCCUGCAUGUGAGGGUACAGAAAAGCAAAGCUGUUUUGCAGAGUAAGUCUGCUCUGACAAGUAAGAAGAGAACAGACCGGUUCAAUGUAAAAUCUAGAGAACGGAGUGGGGGCCCGAUUACCCGAAGCCUUCAGCUGGCAGCUGCUGCGGAUCUGAGUGAGAACAGGAGUGAGGACAGCAGUGCCAGGCACGAGCUGAAGGACUUCAGCUACAGCCUCCGCCUGGCAUCCCGAAGUCCCUCGUCAGCCACCUACAUCACCAGGCAGUGCCGGAAGGUCAAGGCCUCGGCUGCGCCCCACUUCCAGACACCUUUCUUCAAAGAGUAGGUGCUCGCCUGCCCUGACAGCACCAGAAGUGACUUGGAAUCAGUGAAGCCAAAGGGACUGGCAGUCGACCCUGCAGGAAGUAACAACCGGGCCCCGUGUGAGAUUGCGAGCGUGCGUGCGUGUGCGUCUGGGCGUGCGGGUCCACGCAUGCCCUUCAAGCCAAGGUCCCAAACCCGGGGGAGCAGGCAGGCAGCUGGCUCACACCAUCCUCUGGACUGAUCCUUGGAUGUGACCCCAGAAGGUGCUCUGCAGCUCAGUCUUGCUGUCGAGAUGGGGUCUCUCAUACUAUGCAAUUUCUCAAGAGCUCCUUGCCCUGCUUUUUUUUUUUGCUUCUUGAGCUGUCUUUGGCCAUUGUGGGGACUUUGGGUUAACCCCCGGAGUCAGCCUUAGUCCUGCCUGAGGAAGGCCUUCCAAGAGGCCAAGUUCCCCCUUGACUCCCACCCCUACCUUCCCUCUCCCCCCCUCCCCCCCGCCAUGCCUCUGGGAAUCAGUAGCAUAUAGACCCCACGGGCUGAGCCUGAGUCCUCAGCCCCAGCACUGGGAGGAAUCCUCUUUCCUGCCUGAGGAACCAGAGCAGAGGGUCAUGCGUGCACACACUUGCACGAUGCACACACUUGUGCACGUGCAUGCGCAUGCGCGCACGCACACACACAUACACACACACACACAGAGGAAAUGAAAAAAGAAAAAAAAAAGGAGAAGAAUUUACAAAAAGGACAGCGGGAAGAGGAAUGAUUUUCCUGCCAGGGAAAGUCAGGGGUCACAUCAGCUUAUCCUGGACAUAGUCUGGGUCCAGCUGCGAGUUUGUGUUUGGGUCAGUGAGGUUGGUGGGUCCUGUGCCUUGGGGGUGGACCCCGGGCAGAGGGGCCCUGGGACCCCUUUGGUGCUGUGUCCCCUGGGCACAUGGCAGGCCCCGGGUGGUGGGACAGCGCGACACCGUAGAGAGAUUUGUGUUUUCCUUUUUCAGGGCUACUAGGGUUGAUCUCCCAACUCUGUAAAUAUGUAUGGAGACGCUUUUAAAAAGCACGUUAUUUAUGCCCCCGAUUGUAAAUGCCCCGUUUUUAAAGUUUUAUAAUGCCUCU